AGUUGGCACCGCCCCACUUCCGGCCCUGGGGCCGCCUUGAAGCGGAAAUGGCGCUGCGGGGCUGAGCCCGUCCCUUUCCGGCCCCUCACGCCGCCGCCGCCAUGCCGCUCGCCAAGGACCUGUUGCACCCGUCUCCCGAGGAGGAGAAGCGCAAGCACAAGAAGAAGCGGCUGGUGCAGAGCCCCAACUCCUACUUCAUGGACGUCAAGUGCCCCGGCUGCUACAAGAUCACCACGGUGUUCAGCCAUGCCCAGACCGUGGUGCUGUGCGUGGGCUGCUCCACGGUGCUGUGCCAGCCCACGGGGGGCAAGGCCCGGCUCACCGAGGGCUGCUCGUUCCGGCGGAAGCAGCACUGAGCGAGCCGGGAUGCCACGGAGACGGGAAUUCCGCCCAGUCCCUGUAGCCCCCUCCGCUUCCCACCAAUAAAUUUUGGAUAAAAUACCCAAAA